CCGGUGUCUCGUCUCUCCGUCUUCCUGUUCCAAACCACGUGGACGCGCCGGGGGCUGCGGGGCUGAGGGAGGGAACUUGGGUGGCCACCGCCACUGUCGCCUCCGCUGCUCGGGUCGCGACCCUUAACGCCCGUUCGAAGUCGCCGCGUCCUGGUGGCCCGCGCCUUUGCGGAGCGCGCGCACAUGGCGACCCAGGCACACUCCCUCAGCUUCACGGGCUGCAACUUCUUGCGCCAACGUCUCGUCCUGUCCACCCUGAGCGGACGGCCUGUCAAAAUCCGAAAGAUUCGGGCCAGAGACGACAACCCUGGCCUUCGAGAUUUUGAAGCCAGCUUCAUAAGGCUUUUGGAUAAAAUAACUAAUGGCUCUCGAAUUGAAAUAAACCAAACAGGAACGACCUUAUAUUAUCAGCCUGGCCUCCUAUAUGGUGGAUCCUUGGAACAUGACUGUAGUGUCCUUCGCAGCAUUGGCUAUUACCUGGAGAGUCUUCUCUGCCUGGCUCCAUUUAUGAAACACCCGUUAAGAAUAGUUCUCCGAGGAGUAACUAAUGACCAGGUUGACCCUUCGGUUGAUGUCCUUAAGGCAACAGCUCUCCCUCUGUUGAAACAGUUUGGGAUUGAUGGUGAAUCAUUUGAGCUAAAGAUUGUGCGACGGGGAAUGCCUCCUGGAGGAGGAGGUGAAGUGUUUUUCUCAUGUCCUGUGAGGAAGGUCCUCAAGCCCAUUCAGCUCACAGAUCCAGGGAAAAUCAAACGGAUCAGAGGAAUGGCCUACUCUGUGCGUGUAUCUCCUCAGAUGGCAAACCGGAUUGUGGAUUCUGCAAGGAGCAUCCUCAACAAGCUUAUCCCUGAUAUCUAUAUUUACACAGACCACAUGAAAGGAGUCAGCUCUGGGAAGUCUCCAGGCUUUGGGUUGUCACUGGUCGCUGAGACCACCAAUGGCACCUUCCUCAGUGCGGAGCUGGCCUCCAAUCCCCAGGGCCAGGGAGAAGCUGUGCUUCCAGAGGACCUCGGCAGGGACUGUGCCAGGCUGCUGCUCGAAGAAGUCUACAGGGGUGGAUGUGUGGACUCAACCAACCAGAGCCUGGCUCUAUUGCUCAUGACCCUUGGACAGCAGGAUGUUUCCAAAGUCCUUCUAGGACCACUUUCUCCCUACACGAUAGAAUUUUUGCGGCAUUUGAAGAGCUUUUUCCAGAUUAUGUUUAAAAUUGAAACCAAGCCAUGUGGUGAAGAACUCAAGGGUGGGGAUAAAGUGCUGAUGACCUGUGUUGGCAUUGGCUUCUCCAACCUUAGCAAGACCCUCAAGUGAUAAUAUUACAAGAUAAGGCCCCACUGCCUACUGACAAAGCAGAAGCUGCCUUUGACACCAGAGGGACCAACUCCAGAUUCACCCGUGACAUGCUAGCCUCAUAUGAAGGACGUCUCAAUUUUCCAUUAAAAAAAAAUCAGAAUAUCCAAAUAAAAGACAUCUCUAUAUCAUGUGGUUUUUAGCUGUCUCUCCAGUGGCAUUGAAAUUCCUUAGGGGGCCCAGUCAUGACAAGAAGUCCCCCCUUGGCUUUCCUGGAUGAAGAGUGUGCCUUCAGGACACCAUCGUGAUGCUAGAACCACAUCUCUGCUGCAUUUCAGCAAUGCCUCCUCAGCCCACACCCCUGGGCUUCUGUCUGUGGCUAUUGUCUGGGGUCCAUCACUGUUUUUUCUGCCAGGACUCACCUCUUUGAGCCUUGGUUUCUGUGUAGGGAUUAAAUGAGAAAAUAUGGAUGCAAAUUUUUCAUGAGUAGGGCAGUACUCAUACAAGUGUCUGCAGUUGGCAUAAUAGACUGUUUUAUCCCUUGUCUUCUGAAUGGACUGCUCUCUGGGAGACAGGUACUGCUCCCUGUGUGGUUCAUUGUAUGUAUAUAUUGUCCCUGGGGAGGGCAGGAGUCCAGUGAAAGGUAGUGGAUGUUUUUUUUAUCCCAGGUGUGCUAUAAUUUUAUUUUAUUCUCACAGACCUGUGAUGUAGAUCUUAUUACCUCCUCAAUAAAAGUAAAAAAGGGUAUUUUGUUCCUUUGAAAUUUAUAAUGUAAUUGCAUGAGAUCUCCCAAUUUAAAGAUCUAAGUGUAAUAAUAGUGUCAGAGUCUGGAAUUUUACUCUGCUUGCAAAUUAAUAAGUUAGAUUAUUACUGUUUCAACAGAUGCUAGCAGAAGACGUGAGAAUUCCAGGUCAGAGACAAAUAACUUUAUUACUCAGAGCACAGCAAGAAGCCUGAGCUUCGUGUUAGUAUUGGUUUCCUCUGUCCUCCCAAGCCCUGCAUUGGUGAUGUGAAGUGGCCCCAGGUAGAUGCCAUGCAUGUAGCAAGUUUGCAUCAUAGCCAAAGAACAUGCCCUCUUGAAGACUUCACCUCUUACAGCAAGCCUGCUCUUUGUUCCAGAUGGGGACAUUACUUCAUCCUCUGGAUUGCUUGCUGUGAACACAGUUAUGAGAAACAGCCCAGCUAAAGGCUUUCCCAGCGAGAAGGUGCAGGAACUCUCAGGGCCGGUAGCAGAUUCCCCCUGCCAACUAAUAGAGUCUACAUUUGGUAUGUGUACAGGAUUGGAGUUGGUUGUAGGGGAAAGGUCUGCUUCUUUCUACUAGCAUUCCAAAUGGUAUUCUCUACCUGGGGAGGGCUUUUGAAGUAAGGGAAGGUCUUUGCCUCCCUAAUCCUGUGGAUACCUUUUCCUUUUACAGUGGAAGGGGGCCAAAGGAGGUCUGUGCUCUCAAGCCUGAGGGCUGUCGGGGGGAUGUGGAGAGGAAAACACUGAAGAAAGCCAGGCCAUUUUGAACUGUGGCGCUCUACUUACUGAGCACUGUACACACUGUGCUAGUUUUCUGUUGCACAUAACAAAUUACCACAAUUUAGCAGAUUAAAACAACACCCAUGUAUCAUUUCACAGUUCUGUAGGUCAGAGGUCCUGGUAGGCUUGGUUGUGCUCUCUGUUCUGUUCUCUUGGUGGGGUCUCACCAGGCUGAUGUCAGGGUAUCAGCUGAGUUCUGCUCUGGGAAAGAAUGUGCUUCCACCUCAUUUAGGUUGUUGGCAAAAUUCAGGUUGUGAGUCUGGUGUCUCCAUUUCUGGCUGGCUGUCAGCUGGGGACAAAUCUGAUUUUAUUAGAGGCUGUCCUCAUUCCUCGUAGCUUGGAACCCUCCGUGCUCAAGCUAGCAAUGGUUCAUCAGAUCCUUCUGUUGCAUGGAGUCCUCAUGCCUUGAAUCUGACUUCCUCUUGUGGCACUAGCUGAAGAAAACUUACAUGACUCAUUACUUUACUUACUUUUAAGUAACAUAUCAUAAUCCGACCUGGAUAAUCUUCCUAUUUUAAGGUCACCUGAUCACAGCAGUACCUAGAUUUGUGUGUGAAUAGCCAGGGACUAGGAACUUUGGAAGGCCAUCUGAGAUUUCUGCCCACCAUACAUGCUGCAGUCUUACUUAGUGCUGCUAAUGUUUGAACCCAUAUCACCCAUGCUCAGAUACCAAAUUAAGGGGCCACAUAGCUUGGGAUGACAAAUGCUGUCCUACAGGGGUUUUCUGUCCCUUGGAGCAAGCUUUGGAAAUGGUACUAUUGGUCAAUUUAGGGUGGCAAGUAGACUCCAGGCAGAUCAUUGCAAGCAAUAGAAGGACCUUGUGCCUCUAUCUGUUCUAAACAAAGAAGUGUCUGGUGGUUUCCAGCCUUCCACCUGGCACAGCUGCUUUGGGAGUGGGACCAUCUGGUGGUAGAAGUGGUGAUGUUGCCAAAAGGAGAACAAAUUCUAUAUUGAAACAGCCUGCUCCCAGCCCCUUCGCAAAUGCCCGAGAGAAGUAAUUCCAUUCCUUGGGCAGAAUCCAUCCUGUGCAGAUUGCUGCUACAUCUUAGUGACAUUCAGACCCUCUAGUCUCUACCUUGUUCUUAGCUUAGCUCCUGGUUGGUCCAGCUUCCCUGGGGUAGUGUGAUGGGAGAUUCCAGCAUUUGGGGUUUGGUGUUCUGUCCUGGACUGUAUACUGCCUUCUGCUGAUAGAGACACAUCAUGCUAAGCUCAGUGAGACAAGUGACUUUGUUUCUUUUUAAGGCAGACAGAAUCAUUUCCUUUGCCUUCCUGUCGUAUGUCAGGUCUUACAUGUGUCUUUCAACACCCUUUAACUGCAUUUUGUGCAAACACCAGUCAGCAUCCCUCAUCAUAAUACUUAACCAUAUUUUUCAAGACAGUUGAUAAAGGAUGGGAGGAAGCUAGGAUAUUGCAACAUGACACACUGAUGGGGAAAGAGCAGGAGGAGGCCCUGCUGAAAUCCAAAUUGCCCUCAUAGGAUACCUAAACCUCAUGGUCUGUUUGUUUUCUUAAAUCUUUUCUGAUAAAAAGUGGUGAAGUGGUGUAAUCAUCGAUUAGAGACCAACAAUAGCAACAAAAAAACCCCAAAACGUAAAGUUGCCCCAUGGUGCCUGUCCUCUCACUGUCAUGUGACAACAAAAGCCCAUGAGGGGGCCAUUUCCUGCUAGGGCUUCUGUGUGGGGAGGCUCCUAGGUAAGGCCACUACCGGCAGGCAGUUUCAUGGUGACUAAGUGGAAGAAUUGAUGCUAAAGGCAGGGGCAGAAGUAAGCAGGAUGGAGUAAGGAGGCUUGAAGAAGUGGAUGGAAUAAAGGUAGAUGGAGGAAAGGAAACACCAGGGGAGUAAGGAAUGCCACAGUGGGGGAGGGAGGGGUGAAGGUGGGUAAAGAAAUGUAUUUAUUGGGGGCUCUGGUCAUGGUGUGAGGAUUAGAAUGAGGGAUUCCAUUGGCUUUACCCGUUGGUAUUCUUGGAGACCUGUGGAUGUGCCACGGGUGAUUUUAGCCAGCUGCUGAAUGGGGGACAGCAGUGCCUCAGGCUCUGUGCCCCUCCUGGGUCUGCACUGCUCUACACCCAGCUGAGAGUUCCCCUGUUCAGAUGACCCUGCUCUGUUCUUUAGAAGUGACUUACAGUUCAUUAAUAAGGCAAGCCGGGUCUUUUCAUACUCCAGGUGGCUAGGCCUAAGCAGCCAUUGGAGUGGAACAGUUUAUCAGUGGUAGGCAUCUUAAGGAGGCCAAGCCCACUUUUCUCCUUUACUCAAGUAAAUAAAAGCUGUCAUUUUGUCAGGGGCUGCCUGGGUCUGGGGGGCUACUCUAAUUCCAUGUCACAUUUGGCCCAUACCUGUCAGAUAGUCUGACUCCAAGCUUAGCUAACCCAGGCCUGGGAUCAGCACCUGUUGAUGGACCACCAGCUUGGAGUUUUGAUACGUGGGCCACUCCUCCCUCUUUUCCUGGUCCUGAUGCUAGUGUUUCUGCACGUGGGUCCUGCUCUGCCGAGACCCAUCUGCUGGGUCUACAGGGCAAGCGAUAUUGAUCUCAGGAGGUAAGUGUGGCCCAGCUUGUUUUCUGGCACAGCUUGGCUACUAAUGAGCUAUUAGGACAUUAACUAAUUCACCUCCUCACAUUUGUGUUUCCUCUGUGGAAUUAGGGUGAAUAUUUGAGGUAGUAUGAGAAAAAUCAGACAGAUGCCCAUCAUUGCUUCUUCUGUCCCUCCCCCAUUGUCAUAUGUUUAUUUGGGGUAGCAGGUAGGUUAGUUGGUGUGAGGUGUUUUCUUUUUUUUUUUUUGAUAUUGAGAUGUUUCUCUUGAGGUCUUAGGAUACUUUUUAUUCCUGUUUCCUCAGUCAAACCCUCUAAAGAGCAUUAUAUAAAAAAAUAUUCAGAUUGGUUAAUUUGUUAAUUUCUGCUGUGACUUGGGAAAUAUUCAAACUGAUGAAGGUAGGUGAGUUUCUAGAGGCCAACUUAAAGACAAAGGAUAAUGUACCAGCCCAGCAAUGACACAUGUGACAACUUCAUGUGUCUGCUUUAUGAAUACCAUGUCACCAUGGCUGUGAGAGUGGUGCGACUCACUGAUGCUGGGCUCACUGGUGGCCAUGUGGGCACCAACCUCUGUCUUGGGAACAGGUGAUGCCCCCAAGGAGGGGGAAUGGUAGGGGCAGCUACCUCUUCCUGUAUCUGGGAAUGGUAGGACAUCUUGCAGCUCUUCAUAGUCUUUAGGGGAAGAUAUUGGUGGGGACCAUGCAUUUUGAAAUGGUGCCUGGAUCCAGCUUCAGGUGGUGACCACCAACGUCAGGUUGUUCUGGUGCUGAGUGCACUUGGGCCUGGACCUUCCUGCGUUCUCCUCUCUGUCCCAGGCUCUUUUUGACGUCUGCUCUUUUACUUGUUAGGUAUUACAGGCAUUGUGGCCAAGAUCUGUUAAGAUUUGAAGAGCCAAUGGAAAUGUUUGCAAAUCACCAGGAAAAAAUACUGGCUCCAAAUUAUGUAAAGAAAAGAGCAAAAAUAAUUAUCUACAAGAUGAAACAUUUCUCAACUUAGUUGUUAAAAUAGAACAGUAUAGGUGAGAGUUUCUUUCUUCACAAGCAUUUUCAAGCACAUGAUUGCCAAGCAAUCAUAGCUAAUCUUCUAUUACAUGAGUUGCUAGUCACCGAGCAAUUUAAGAGGGAAAAUUAUAAAAAUCUGAGAUAUGGCUGCAUUUUAAUGUGUGGUUUGAUAAUGCUGUCAUAAGGGGCCUAGAAAGUAAAACCAAAGCAGCCUCGCCCACUAAGCUGGCCUCUCAGUCUGAAAGCCUGAGCAGUUCCUGAGGGUCCCCCACCCCACAGUGUACCCCACCUCCACCAUGUACUCACAGACCCCUGGGUGCCUCCCCUAUCUUAGCACUCACCGCACUCGGUCAGUUGUUGCUUCAUUCUCGUCUCUGUUAACCAGUUGUUUACCUUGGACUGGUUUGUCUUUUAAGAUUUAGUGUGACUAUGAUUAUAAAGUGGUAUUUGAAAACCUUUAUUAAAAAGAAAAAAUAAUUC